AUGGCGCCAACAUCGCCAAAGCACGAGCAAAGUUCUCCUUCGGGCAGUGAGCCUUUGGCAUCCGGCCGCUGGGCAGAUAGCGAACCUGAUGACGUCCCACAGACACGGGAACGCCUUGUCGAUCGCUGGGCCGGAAUCCGCGGCGACCAGAGUGAUGAUUUGGCAGAUGUCUUGCCACUCUUGAGCGAAUUGAGCAUUCGCACCACGCGCGAUUUAUCGCCAGAAGAGGUCACGAAUUCGUCAUCCCCCGGCUUACUGCGAGAGCAUCGCCUACUCCGAGUGAUUGACUCUCUUCACCGGAAGAGUCAGGCAGACAAGGACAGUUUCGCCGCACACAUUGAGCGGCUCAAGAAUGACCACGCAGACGCGCUUGUGCACGCUACAUCAGUAGUGCCAGACCUGACGAAACAGCUGAAACAGCUGAAGAAGGCGAGCAGUGAGCCCGCUAUCAGUCUUUCUGAAGAACGCAUGAAGCAUGCUGAUGAGCUGACCAAACAACGAGCCGCUCACGAAGUAGCGCUCAAGGCCGCUCGAAAAGACGCGACAGACAAGGUCGCCUCCGCAGAAGCCAGAGCAAGGCGAGACUUGCUCAACGACAUCACCGCUGUCCGAGCACGCGAACGCGCCACGUUUAACGAGAUGGGCAUACUGGAAAGCGAGAAGGCAAAGCUCGCUGUUGAACUCAGCUCGCUCGCGGAGCGGAAGGCGGAGGUUCAAGCGAUGGUUGAUCGCAUUGCGGAGGGAGAAGCAGCUCCCAAUGACUUUGGUCGAUUCGCCAAACGCCAGUAUGAGCAGGGCACCAAGUCCGUGGUCGAUAAGGAUCACGCAGAGGCCGAGAAGACGCGCCGGGACUACACGCGCCGCGUCCAAAAGCUCAAGGGCGAAGAGGAGCAUCUUGCUCAGCUCGUCAAGGUUGUCGAAAGCAUCUCCAGCGCCUCCGCGGCUACCGAGUAUGUGAAGAACAAAGAGGGCGUCGCAGCACGCAAGAACAAGGCACAAGGUGCAGAGAAAAAGGGAAAUGGCUCCGCUGCCACUGUAUCCAAGGACACGUCAGCACCAGUCACGGAGACCAUCACCAUGUCCAGGCAGGCUUUCGACGCCGCCAAAGCAGAGGCUGCAAAAGCAGCUCUCGGUCCUAGACUGCUUUCUGUGAUGCGCUCCAUGGCUGCAUACAUCCUCAUGUACGAGGGUAAGCUUCUCAAAACAGAGGAAGAGAAAUUCUUCCCUGGUCUACGUGACGGCUCGUUCCCAACGAUGGCUCACGACGCUGCUUACGCGCUCAAGAUGCAGCACCUGAGGAGCGCGCAUACUGCUACUCCCAAGGAUCGUGCGAACAUCAAGGCUCAAGAGGUCUUGUUCCAGCAGCCAACCGGCAAGUUGUCACCUGCGAUGUACAACUGGUUCAAGGGUGUAGUAGAUGGCGCAGCACUAGCCGAGCGCGACUUCAAGUUUGCGGCUGGAGAAGGCCAAGUUGUCUCACAGUAG